AGAGAUUGAAGGAAGUGGUUUCAACGGGCCAAUUCCAUCUAGUCUAUCUAACUUGAACAAGUUAACAGAACUAAGGAUUAGUGACUUACAUGGGGAAAGCUCAGAUUUUCCAGACUUGAGAAAUAUGACAAACCUAGAUCGAUUGUGAGGAUGUUGAGGAGCUGUAAUCUAAGAGGAAACAUUCCUGAAUAUAUUCCUACUUUGACAAGUCUAUCUGUCCUAGAUCUUAGCUUUAAUAAACUAGAAGGGCCAGUUCCAAAUUUUGAAAAUAUAAGGGCAUUGGAUACAAUGUAUUUAACAGGUAACUUGCUCAGUGGGUCUAUUCCAGAGUGGAUCAAUCUCAGAGAUAGUCGCUACCAAACAGAUCUUUCUUACAAUAACUUUUCAGAGGUGUCUGAACCAUCUACUUGUCCAGAAACUUUCAAUCUCUUCCGGAGCUCAUCUGGACAGAAAAACAACUCAAUGCUCAGCAAGUGCUUGACUCCAUGUUCAAGAGAUCAUUAUUCAUUAUAUAUAAAUUGUGGUGGAAAAAAAACCACCAUUGAAGGCAUCAUGUAUGAAGGAGAUGAAGACAUGGGAGGUGCUGCAAAAUUUGUCCAUAACUCAGACAUUUGGGGAUUCAGCAACACUGGUGAUUUCUGGGACGUAUGGAGUACCACAAAGGACUACAUAGCAGAAAAUGUGUCUAUACUCAGAAUGAACAAUUCUGAGCUUUACACAACCGCGCGUCUCUCGCCUCUUUCACUAACUUAUUAUGCUCGUUGCUUAGCAAAUGGAAAUUAUACUGUGAAACUGCAUUUUGCAGAGAUAGUAUUACGAGAUAACAGAUCUUAUUACGGUGUUGGAAGGCGAAUAUUUGAUGUUUAUGUUCAGGGAAGCCUAGUAGUGGAAGAUUUCAACAUUGAGAAGGAAGCUAAUGGAAUUGAUAAGGAAUUUGUCAUAGUAGUUAAGACAAUUGUGAGUCAUAAGACACUAGAUAUUCGCGUUCAAUUGUGAAUCAAGGGAUGAAGUUUUGAAAGGGUUAAAUCUACAAACUGGUUUCUUUACCUUCAAACAAAUUAAAGCUGCCACUAACAACUUCGAUGCUGCAAACAAAAUUGGAGAAGGUGGAUUUGGGUCAGUCUACAAGGGUGUGUUAUUAGAUGGCACUAUUAUUGCAGUUAAGCAACUUUCUUCCAAAUCAAAGCAAGGGAAUCGUGAAUUCAUAAACGAAAUAGGCAUGAUUUCUGCUUUACAACACCCAAAUCUUGUCAAAUUACACGGAUGUUGUAUUGAAGGAAAACAAUUGUUGUUGGUAUAUAUAUGAAUAUAUGGAGAACAAUAGCCUUGCUCAUUCCUUAUUUGCAGCAAAAUGGACAAGAAAUGCAGAGGAAAAACAGAGGAAAGAAAGGGGCAACGAUCAGCUUCUAUUCUCUUGAUCACAACUGAUUUUUUUAUACAAGGAUAUCAACAAAGCUUCCCCAAUACACUUCAUCUCAACUUUUAAUCUCAGCCCUACAUUUGUUUAAAUAUUAGCCAUCCAAAAGUUUUUACAAAACUCAAAAUAUAAAUAAAACAAAUAAAUAAAUGGCAGCAGCACAUUAACUAAUAUUCUCCCCCUUAAUGUGUUGUUCUUGAACUCCAAGGGGUGAUCUUAGUUGUUGAAACUUUGCUGAUGGAAAUGCUUCAGUCAAAAUAUGUUGUCAUAGAACAACUCAGUAGCUUCCUCUUGCUUUUCUCCAAUAUCUUUUAAAAUUCUUCUAAGCCAAAAAUAACUUGAGAGGUUGCAGCUGAGGCUGAUAUAUGCUCUGCUUCAGCUGAGGAUUGAGCAACUGAUUGUUGCAUCUUGGAUAGCAAAGAAAAUACACCUGAGCCAAGUCAAAAAAUAUAGCCUGAAGUGCUUUUCAUAUUGAGAUAAUUCUCAUGGAAAACCAAAAUGUAUGUAUACAUUUCUAAUUAAAUAGCGAUUAACGACUUCAA